GUCGCUUUCUAACAACAACUCUCUCCCACAUUAUAUUUAAUUCCCACCCUUUCACCUCUUCCUCACACACACACACACACACACACAAUAUAUAUAUAUGUGAGUUAAACCUAUAGAUACACUUUUAGCUGGGUUUUUCGAUCUCGUGUUUCUUCAUCAAUGGCGAAUGAACAAGAAAACGAAGCUGAAUCGCUCCCAGUCAAGAAAAACAAGCAGAAAUCUGAUCUACUUCACCUCUGGGUUAACCUGAAAAUCCCCAAACAAGAACAACAACAAGAAGAACGGGGUGCAGAUAUUAUUAUUGAAGAUGAUCAGACAAUUGGCUGUAAGAAUAACACCACGGCUAGGGUUUGUAGUAUCUGUCAGGCAACAUUCGGCUCGGGCAAAGCUUUAGGCGGCCACAUGAGAGUCCACUUCCGACGCGCCGCCGCCGCCGCCAACAAGAAACAGAAUCCCAAACUCCAACCACCCACCACCACCACCUUCAAGAAAGAGAAGAAAAAGAAGAUUGCUUCCGAUCAGAAUCAGAAGCUACCUGUGAAGAAGCCAACGUGUUCACUCUGUGGUAGGGGUUUUCUUUCAAUGAAGUCUUUGUUUGGCCACAUGAGAUCUCAUCCAAACAGGGAAUGGAGGGGUAUUCACCCCCCUUCGAACGCAUCCGUCGAUUUGACCGGGUCGUUGAGCGGUUGGGCAGUCACCGCCAGGCGGGGCCGCCAGGCGGCAUCCACCGCAUCUUCGUCGGAGGUUUCCACCUCCGACGAAGACCACCAGCUCCACCAGGCUGCCGCUUGUCUCAUGAUGCUUUCUCAAAGCGGGGGCGAAAAACCCGAAACUGCGAAAAACCACGUGUUCGAAAAAGAAGUAGUCGAAGAAGAAGAAGCCCGAACGAAGAGGAAAAGGAAGAAGGUGAAGCUGUGUGAUUUGGUUCCUCCAUUAAUGGAUGAUGAUGAUAAGAAGAAGGUGGCAGUGGCGGCGGCGGUGGUGGUUGAUAAAUACAAGUGCAGCUCUUGUGAGAGAUCAUUCACAACUCAUCAAGCAUUGGGUGGACACAUGUCAAGCCACAACAGAUCCAAUCACAACAACAAUAUUAAUCUGAUUAUAAAUAAUAAUAAUAAUAAUAUUUCCAUGCUGGCGAAGAAUGAAGAUCUUGUUUGCAAUGAUUAUCCCUAUCCCCAAGUGGUGGAGGAAGAAACAACCAACAAGGGAGGAGGCUUGAGCUCGAAUGUGGUGAUGGAGUUCGAUCUGAACGAGGCGCCGCCUCCAUCGGACGACGGUGAAUUUUGCAGCAGCUGGUGAUUAGUUAUGAAUUAUGAUGAUGCUUAUGUAUUAUGUAUUUAUUGGGGCCUUGUUUAGUACUUUUAGUUCCUAGUUUUAUUUCUAGUUGCAGCUUCUAUUUAGUGGUAAAUGGUUUCUGGCCUCGAAUAUUUUUCCUCGGCACGAAGGUGGUUCGGUUAAGGCCUGGCCGGCCGGCGGUUAAGUAGUGAUUAUCCAUUUUCUUUUUAUCAGCAUUAGUUAUUGCAGGAACCAUCUUGGUUGUCUUUGUCUUUUUUUUUUUUGCUUGUGUUUAUUUUCUUCAUGGUAAACAUGGUGGUCCAACAAGCUUUUUCAUGAAGUGAACAAGUACAAGAAUUAAUGAACUGAUAAUUAAAUUGACUAUAUAU